AUGCACUUCUCAUUCCCAAUUCCCAUCCUCCUCACUGCCCUAGCUUUGUCGCUCACAGCCCAAGGUAUGUCCCCAAGACCCCCCCCCCCCACUCCAAAAAGGGAAACCAUGCUCACGACAUGUAGCGAACAACCAAACCUUCACUCGGCUCAGUAAGAAUGACACUGCUUUUCUUGUUGUUGAUCACCAGCUGGGUUUGUUCUCCCUUGUCCGGGACUUUGCGCCAGACCAAUACAGGAACAACAUCCUCGCGCAUGCUGCUCUCCCGAAGGUGUUCAACAUUCCGGUCGUCUUGACCACGAGCGCCGAGACCGGACCCAAUGGACCACUUCCGCGGGAGAUCGUUGAGAUGCAUCAAGGGGCUCCCCUCAUCAAGCGUAGUGGUGAAGUCAAUGCCUGGGAUAAUGCUGAUUACCGCGCCGCUGUCAAAGCUACGGGAAAGAGACAAAUUGUCCUAGCCGGUAUCACAACUGACGUUAGUUGCCUAAUCCAACCAUCUCCGUCCCAGCCACAAGAUAUUUGCUUACGAUAUCUCUCAAAACAGGUGUGCACCGCUUUCCUUGCCCUCUCUCUUCGGGCCGAGGGAUAUGAGGUAUUUGCGAACUCGGACGCAAGCGGAACAUUCGACCAACGGCUCGCAGACGAAGCCAACGACCGUAUGAGAGCUGCGGGCGUUACCACCAUGGGAAUGUUUGCAAUUGUCGCGGAUCUCAUGAGAGACUGGAGGGACACCCCCGGAACCCCUGAGAUUUUGCCAUUCUUCGAUAAGUAAGCAUGCCUCACCACUCCCGGGGCCAUAAUGGCAAACUUACCAACUAUUCCCCAUCCAUCAGGUACCUCACGGCGUAUGCAUUCUUGGCAAGAGCCCACGGAGCCGCAGUCACCAACGGAACCCUCUUGCCCUCCGAAGCAACAAGCUAAGUGCCAGGACCAGCCAGUCGUUCAUACGGGAACCACUAAGGCCCUAUAAUCAUCUCUGCAAAACCCGUGCUUCCCCUUUCUUUGCCAAUUUCUCCCCAAGUUCAAAUCCUGUAAUCACGCUAUUUGUACCUGCCCUCCCAGCGUGCUGUAACCCCCUGCAGGCAGAUAUAUUGUGAACUCUUCUCUCAGCUAAGGACUAGGAACUGUAUGCAAAAUGAACACAAGGCCAGCUCAUAAUUCAAAUCCCGUGACCCCGAACCACUUGAACAAUUCCCUGGGCCCUAGUCUAAGCAUAGAGAGGCUCUAUGAUACCAACGAUCAGGACCCGCACGCUAGCAGUAGCCCCCCUCCCCCAGGAUGGAAAUAUAACCCAAAAACAGAGAUCAUCCAACCCGCCAGUCCCCAAAAAGAUAAGAAGUCUGAUAAACCCUGCGGCAAGUCAACAGUGGUCAUCUCCAAUUGAAUCGAUCCGGUGGUG